UCAAUGGCUCCCCUGCCAAGUACAUCACCUCCCCUCCCUCCUCCGGUACCCGUCGAGACUCAUCCGAACAGAGCUGGCGGACUGAAACAUCAGCGAGCCUUGCCGGAUCCUAACCGCCUUGCUCCAGAAGAUGCAUACUAUGCGCAUUCUCCUCCCCGAUUAAGAUCUAGGGUUGGCACCGACCGCGCAAAUUACCGUGCUGUUAAUGGCGUCGCUGCUAAUUCUGGCACAUCUGCUACUCUGAGACCACCAUCAACGGUUCCCAACGCCGAGGCAGCUAAAGAGCUGAGGUCAGUAAGGGCCUCCAGCAGGCGACGACGUCGGAAGGGAGCAUGGAAGAAAUUGCUCUGGGUCAAGCAGUCAUACCCUGAUAACUACACCGAUACCGAAACCUUCCUAGAUCAUCUCCAGCGGAAUCCCCGGCUUCGACCCUAUGACUUCUGGCCUCUUGUCGCCGAUUCCACAGUUAUUGUCCAGCAUGUCUGCUCGGUAGUAAUAUUUGUAUGCUGCUUCGUGGGUAUUGUCCAGGAACGGGUAAGCCCAGUCACCGUUGUCAGUUGGGGCAGUGUCGGGACGGUUUUAGGAUGGUUUCUUUGGGACUAUUGGGUCUGGAAAGAACAAGAGGAAGCCACAUUAGCACACAUUGCCGAAGGAAGUUCAGACGGUGAAGACGGUUCCAGCUCUAGCUCUGCAGCCAGCUCUUUGCACCCAGUUGGUGCUGGCUCCCAAGAGAAUGGUAGCAAAGAACGAGUGCAUGGCCUUGGUUUAAACCUCUCCGUGACAGAUGCUGGCCGACGCAAUGCGGAUCUGAAUGGGAACCCCCGCAAUGCAUCCUCUAUCUCGUUGCAAUCGCUCUAUCCCUCUUUUCCUGCAGGCACGCAAGGAGGGCCCAGUUCUAACGCAAAUGUAUGCUAUGAGAUGAGCAAAUCAUUGCUUAUAUCCUCACGAAACAGACAGAGGCUGACGACUGUCAAAUCGGCCAUGCUUAUCUACUGUGCACUACUGGGCCUUAGCCCCAUACUCAAGUCUCUCACGAAGUCCACCGCUAGCGAUUCGAUAUGGGCAAUGAGCUGCUGGUUGAUGAUUAUCAACAUUUUCUCCUUCGAUUAUGGAAGCGGUGAAGGUGCGGGUGCUACGAAAUUUCCUGCUUCGCUCUCCACAAAUGCAGCUUUGAUGGCAUCGACGGUGCUGGCUUCCCGCUUGCCAUCCACAACUCACGUGUUUAGCCUGACGCUCUUUUCUAUAGAGGUGUUCGGUCUCUUCCCGGUAUUCCGUCGCCAGCUCCGGCAUAUCUCAUGGACUGGGCACCUGUUCCUGACCUUUAUACUGGUGAUCGCCGCAGGAGGGGGCGUAGGAGUCACUCUGCGAGGUGGCGGUUGGACUGCUGCCAUCGUCGGAUCUAUCUUAGGGAGCAUUUUGACUGCCCUUGCUAUGGGUGGAUGCAGCUGGUGGCUUAUCAGCCUUCAGAAAUAUAAAAACGUUGUGACUGGGCCGUGGGAUCCUGCACGCCCUAUUUUACGACGGCACUGGGAUUGAUGUGGAGCACAUGCAUAGGCUUCCGGCGUUGGUUCAUCUUUACUAUACCCCUGGUCGACAUAGUACUUUGUGGGAUUUCUAUGUACAUUAUCAGUUAUCCAUCUAGAGAACAUACGCGACGGUUGAGUCACAUCGUCAAUCAGGUCAAGUUCUAGGAUCAGCCGCUGCCCCUUCAAGCAAUACUCGAUUUCAAGUAUCUCCUUAGCUGAACUGGAUCCCAAACGGCUCAGCAUAUGCCGAAGCAGCGAUGACUACAUUCAACACUACCUUUUCGAGGUACUCUCGGACGCUGUUAUGCUUUGCCUUUGCCGUCGCGUUGUUUUCUCUCUAUGCGCUUUUUAUCAGACUAGCCUUGGUGAUAUUUAUGGGACCCGACCUGUCUAUAUGCUGAAUGCUUAUAUAGAGCUACUGCGCUUGGGCUGCCCCAUACGAUGUUCAUGGUUUGUCAUGUUAU